GCGCGGACCCGGCGCCAUUUUGGUGGCCGGGCGCGGAGGUGAUUCUACACUGAGGGGGAACGCGACGGCAAGGGUGGCAGUGGCAGCGUUCGUGUGCUCGGGUCUGAAUCACUGAGGGAGGAGGCGGUGGAGGAAGAGGUGGCAGCGGUGGCGGUGGUCGUAGCGGUGGCGGAGGAGGCGGGUACGAAUCAGCUGCGGGCAGAGACAUGGCCAACAUCGCGGUGCAGCGAAUCAAGCGGGAGUUCAAGGAGGUGCUGAAGAGCGAGGAGACGAGCAAAAAUCAAAUUAAAGUAGAUCUUGUAGAUGAGAAUUUUACAGAAUUAAGAGGAGAAAUAGCAGGACCUCCAGACACACCGUAUGAAGGUGGAAGAUAUCAACUAGAGAUAAAAAUACCAGAAACAUAUCCAUUUAACCCCCCUAAGGUCCGGUUUAUCACUAAAAUAUGGCACCCUAAUAUUAGUUCCGUCACAGGGGCUAUUUGUUUGGAUAUCCUGAAAGAUCAAUGGGCAGCAGCAAUGACUCUGCGCACGGUAUUAUUGUCAUUGCAAGCACUGUUGGCAGCCGCAGAACCAGAUGACCCCCAAGAUGCAGUAGUAGCGAAUCAGUACAAACAAAAUCCUGAAAUGUUCAAGCAGACAGCUCGACUUUGGGCACAUGUGUAUGCUGGAGCACCAGUUUCUAGUCCAGAAUACACCAAAAAAAUAGAAAACCUCUGUGCUAUGGGUUUUGAUAGGAACGCAGUAAUAGUGGCCUUGUCUUCAAAAUCAUGGGAUGUAGAGACUGCAACAGAACUGCUUCUGAGUAACUGAGGCACAGGAGCUGCAGCCAGCAACGCUCGCCGGCUCGCUCGCUCGCCGCCCGCCUCUUCCUGAGGAGCAUCAACACCUAUUAUUUUUAGGAUUCUGCAUAAAUUUCUUUUAAACUGGCAUUCUUGCCUAAUGAUGUUACCUAGGCACCAUUGGAGACUGCAAAAAAAAAAAAUUCCUUGCUCUGUAAAUAAAGCUAAUUAAACGUCUGUGUAAAUUUAAAAAGGGGAAAUACUUUAAUUUUUUUUUCUUAAUAGUGUAAAAAAUCUUUGAGCUAAGCUAAAAAAAACCAUGGGAAACAUGCUACUUUAGUGUUAAGCAGUGUAACAGACUUGCGAGUUUGCUUCAGGGUUCUGUUGACUAACUAGGAUAACACCCAAGUGUCGGCCCUUCACCCUGUGGUGUAGACUCACAGCUCCCUUAAGUUUGAACACGGAUCCUCUGUGCCUGUGAAUUCACUUGCAUGCUUGUACUUGACUUCUUAGAAUGGGUAGCUGAAAAGACCUCCCUUUUAAUCCUUAGGACAUUCUUGAAUUAUGAGAUUUAUCCUGAUUUAAAGAUGGUGACCUAAUCAGAGCUUUCUGUCCCUGUGGACUGGUAGGGACACUCUUACUUUUUUCCUGUCAUCAUCCAGAGCGGAGAUUCUCAUGGUCAAUUUCUUUUGUUUGGUGGGAAACGUGCUAAGGAACAGUGUCCCUUGUUCCGUUUUUAGCUUAUAGGUUUGGAAUGUUUUGUCCGAGUUCUUCAAUUUGUAAGUAGUAAUGCAAAAAGGGGCUGCUAAUUUUGUUUCUCUUACAAAAGGAGUAAAUACUUGAUGUUGCAGUAUUUCUAGAUUUAAUAAAAGGACACUGCUUAGUUUUUCCAGUGAAUUUGACAUUAAUUUUUAAUGAUAAAGUCUUGGAAACUUGAAGGGUGCAGCACUGUUACCUAGUGCUCUGCCUGACUCUGCGUGACAGCUUGCUUUGUCAGACAUGUGAGUUACUCUUCCUGCACUCCCCAUGUUGACACACGAAAGCUGUAGUGUCUCACUGUACAUACUAGAUGCAGAUAGGAACAGGGGUACAUUCCAAUCUAGCUUUCUUUAUGAUGUUUCUGAUAAUGUGAGAAUUGAAACUUUACCUUCUCUUGUACAUAGACUUCCUGUCCCUAGCAACUGUCGCAUUGCAUUUUAUCUUCCAAAGCUUGACCAUUAUUAGUUUUGCAAACUCAAAUUCUACACUUAGCCAUCGUAACUAAGGUUCAAGUGAAUUUAUUUAGACAGUUAUUACAUAGGAGAUACAAUUAAAAAAUUUGAGGACCAAUGCAUAAAUUACAAAAAUGUAAUGGAAUCAGACUGAAUUAAAGUAAGGCUGUGUGUAUAUUGAAAGUCAUAUUCUAAGAGGUUUGUUUUCUUGAAGUGCUGUUUCAUCAUAUAGUCAUGAAGUGUUUCAAAAAUACCUUUUAACCUAUUAACUCAGCAUAACUUCAUUUGACUUUUAAUAAUCUUGAUACUACAAGCAAUAAAAGAACCAUUAAUAUAACAUUAAAGAUGUGAAGGUUCUUCUAGCCAGUUGUAAGGCUUUCACAGUUAACAGUGACUUGGCCGUUGUUCCUGCACAUUAAACUCAAGCUGCUAUGUUGUUGUCCAUGUUUGCGGAUGCACACGUUUCCUGUUGCAGCUCCUUCCUUUUACUGCUAUAGGUUAUUUCAUAAAGAUGCCAAAGGAAACAAGUUCUUUAUUUAUUUUAAAUAGCUAAAACUUUGUACUUUUCUUUAUAUUCUCAGAUAAGAUGGAAAUGUGUGAACUCAUGGACAGUUUACCUCCAUUGUUAUUAGGAUUUAAUGGAGGCGGCUUGACAACACUAAUGUUUAGGUAUUGAAAAGUGUAAGACUCGCGCUUGGAGGUCGCUCUCUGCCUGUGUCGUCAGGGCGUACUGUCUGCUUGGAGAACGACGCGAGAGCGCAGACCCGGCAACCAGCGCCUCCGUUGUCAUGGUGGCAGCUAUGUUCUAUUUUUUAUGUUUUGUUUUUUGUUGUUGUUGUUGCAGACUGGCUCCACCGAACACUUACUGGACAUGUAUAUAUAACAUGUUUUCAUAGAUUUUACAUGGUCAUGCCAUCAUCUCUUGUGAUCCUAGCCCUUGCCUGUUAACCGUGAGUUCUAGACCCUCUGGGUUUCAGAAGCGAAGCUGCUUGAGUUCCUCCUGCUCGUUAAUGUGAUAACCAUUCUGGGGCAUUUUCCUCACUCUUCUAUUUGUUUUUUUUUUUUUCUUUUAUUUCCCAAAUUGUAGGUUUAGUUCAUCAAAAAGAAGCAGCUCAGGCUUUUAUUCUGGUUACAUUUAGGCAAACAAUACUAAAAAUUUAAUUUAGUAAAAAGAAUCCUGAUGGAAAUUAUUUUUGUAAUUCUGCAUUUGACAGUUUAUCAUCUUAACAAGUCCUAAAAAGGUGGUUUUGGUCCAGGUGUGGUGGCGCUUUUACUCCCAGGCUCUUGAAGGAGGAAGGCAGAGGCUGUGAGACUCCUAUUGGGCGGUGUAUGUCAGUCUUAGCCCCCUGCUCCUGUCAUAUUAGUGAAAUCCCAUUCAGAGCAGGAAGGUUCCUUUGUCCUUGCUGAUCCUCUGAUGGGCUUUGACACAAUCCAGCUUAUGCCUGACUUUUAGUAUAAAACUUGUAGAGCAUGUUGGGAACUUUGAAAUCAAAAACCAUGUAAAUGUUUGGAAUCGAAUAUUUUGCCUUUGAGGAGUGUAUCCUAUCAACUGAAUUAAAAUUUUUUUUGAAAUUUUU